UUUGAGACACAUUAAUGUGUGGUAUCACCGGCUAAACUUAAUUUUCACAAUUAUUUAAUAAUAUGGAAACUGCUUAUUAAAAAAUUAUUUCAUAAUUUUGAGUUCCUAUUCUGAAUCCAAUUUUUUAAACUUACAUUAAAAUUAUAGACAUGGCAGGGUUCGAGGUUAGAAUGUGCAAUAGCCAAAAGGGUAAGGGCCUCUUUGCUACAAAGGAGUUUUUGCCGGGAGAUGUAAUUUUAGAAGAGGAACCAUUGGUUUCUUGUCAGUUUGCUCAUAAUGCGGCAUACAGAUAUUUAGCCUGUGACCAUUGUAUGAGACCAUUAGAAACACCAGAACAGAAUGUGAGGCGCUUGUCAGCCAAACAGGAUAUCAUUUUACCACAUUCAAACUGUUUUGAGACUGAUCUUUUAAAUAUCACGAGCUGCAAUCAAUGUGGUAUAUUAUAUUGUUCCCAAGAAUGCAAGGAGAUCUCAUAUGCAACUUAUCACCGGAGCUUGUGUUAUAUACAAAGUGAAGUUAUGCAUCCAAUUAGUGUGCUCGUGGAGACUUGGAAACAAAUCCAUUAUCCUCCUGAGACUACCAACAUUAUGUUGGUUGUUCGUUUAUUGGCAUAUAUCCAGCAACACGAUGAUCCUGCCCUAGCUGCAGAAAAUGUCAAACAGUUCUGUCAUAGAACAAUCAAUGAAGAUGCUGAGCUGGUACACAAAUUGUUAGGAGAAAAGUUCAGUGACCAGUUAAAUACAUUAAGGGAAAUGACAGCUAAUGUUAUUAGAGGAGAAUAUAUAGAUGAGUUCCUAAACCCAGAAGGAUUUUCCUCCUUAAUGGCUCUUGUAGGUACAAAUGGUCAGGGCAUUGGCACAAGUCCCCUGGCGCUGUGGGUGAAUUCAGUGUCUCAAUUGACUAUGUCAGAUGAUGAAAGACAGCAAUUAGAUGUUUUUAUAGACAAAAUAUAUCAAUAUGUUGAAGAAGAAUCAGGCCAGUUCCUUAACACAGAAGGUUCGGGUUUAUAUCAACUUCAAAGUGCUUGCAAUCACAGCUGCGCUCCAAAUGCUGAAUCAUCAUUCCCAUACGGCAACCACAGAAUACAGCUCAAGGCUAUAAGAAAUAUCAAGCCCGGUGAUGAAAUACAUAUAAGCUAUUUAGAUGAUUGCACUCUACAAAGGUCUCGACAUUCAAGACAGAGAGAAUUAUCAGAGAAUUAUCUGUUUGUCUGUUGUUGUGAACGUUGUAUGUCACAAAGCAACGAACCUGAUUGCACUAGUGAUGAAGAAAUGAGUGAUGAUGACUUGGAUGACUGAUGCUCUAACUUCCUAGCGCUUUGUUUGCUGGGACUUUGAGUGAUAAUAAUAUAGAGUGAUAAUGACAUUUAAUAGUGAGGUGAUUAAAGCUAAAGUGGUUUAUGAAUGUUAAAUGAAUGUUUCUCAAUAUAAUCAAUAAAUACAAUAUAUUGUUGUCAUCAAGAUAUGAUGUGUAAUGUUAAAUAGUCUAUCAGAGUUAUUUAAAGUAAACUUAUAUACAAAUUUGCAUGUAUAUACUUCUCAGUUGGACACUGAAUUUGCUAGUAAUUUAUAUGUUUAUGACUAUUUGUAUGGAAGUACUUCAUCAUUCAGUCAUUUUCAUGGUAUUCUAUUUUGUAAUGAUCUAGUUUGUGUAUAAUAUUCUUGAAUUUGAUCUAGGGUUGAAACAUUGGGAAAGUUGUUAAUUCGUAAAAUGCUAGAUAUAAUUCUGUGUAAAGAAUAGUAAGAUCUUCAACAGUUGUUAACAUUUGAAUUGUCAAAGAACCUGGUAUUAUAGAUAUGUAUAACUCUUUCUGUCCCAUAAUACACUGCUACAAUGGCUUGAAAACUAUCUGAUUUUACAAAAUAUAACAUAUAAGAUAUAAACCCUUGAGUGUGCUCAGAGCCUAUAAUGAAGUGUUAUAAUUUAUUUUGAAUUAUUAUGACUUGGGUGAAUCUUAUGAUAUUAACAGAAAUUAAAGUGUUUGCAUUUUGUUGUAAGGCUUAAUACACACUGAUGUGAGUCACAUAUGAGAUGUUAAUAUUGAUGAUAUAUAAAAAUAUAUAUAUAUAAAAUAUCAUAUAAAAAUAUAUGUAUAUACAAGAUUGAUAAGAAUUAAUAUUGUUUGAAUAUAAUAUUUUUAAUACAUACUUUAGUCACAAGCCUGGCUUAAGUGAAUGGUAUAGUAUUUAGAUAAUAUGAUGAAUAAGCUAUAGUUUUUAUUGUUCAUUGAACAUAGAUUUUAUCAUUAAGUUGUUGAGUCAGCAUAUUAAUUGUAAUAUGGAGUAAUUAAUUAUAUUUAUGAAUUUUUGUAGGUAUUUUGAUGUAUGAUAGAGAAUUGUCCAUAAUAAACAGGUAUGAAACGAAUUUGUCAUGUUGCCUAAAGAUGAUAGACGGCCUAAUUAGUGCAAUGAAUAUUCAUUAUAUUUUCUAGAAUCUAAAAUUAAGCGAUGUAAUAGUAUCUUUUUUCAUACCCACUUAGUUUGAAAUAAGGUUUGAUGUUUUAUGACGCAUAGUUAAAAUUAGAAUUUUAGAAUUAAUAUGAAAGUAUUUCUUAAGAUACUCUUGAUUGCAAAAUAUAUAUUUUUUCAUAUAUGCUUUUGAUUGACAGGUUUUUUUUCAUGUUGCAUUUUAAUUUUUUUAUGGUAUACAUACUUGCCAACAUUUUGAACAACUAUUCAAUAUGUAAUUUUAUCAUAAUCUAGUAAGUUAUAUAUAGACUGGCCACUUGAUGGUGACUAGUUACAGUUGCCCAGAUACCAGUUUGUUAACGAUAAGUUUUUAUUGUCACGGUACAUACAGUGUGAACAGUUUUUCAGUAAAAAAUUUUCCUAUAUUCUAAUAUUAUUUAGUUUAUUGUAUGAGAAUCGGGAAACGCUUCUUAUGCAGUGCUAUUAUGCAAACUUGUGCUAAGCAUACUAUUCUCGCAAGUGACAGAAGUUAUGUUCGUAUAGGAAUUUUAAGGAUUUAGUAAGGAGAAAGCGUUUAAAGAUCACUAUCUUUAAAUGUUUUCUACCUACUAAAUCCUUUAAUUAUAGGUAUAGAUAGGUGGAGUAUUAGGACUUUAAUCUAUAUGGGUUUGUUUUAUUACAUAUUCUGAGUCUGUUAUUAGCGAGGCCGCCCAGAUAUCUUGUAUAAAAUUUCCUAGUCGUAUAUAAUAAAAAUGAACCAUCCGAAUAUUAUUUGGUCUUCUAUAAAACAUUUUACAAAUAAUUCAUGUAUCUUUUUACUUGGUAAUAAACGGACGGCUGGUAUAUCAGAAAUAUUUGAAUAAGAUUUGCCUAUUGUUUCAUUGCUAUUGGCUAAAAUGUACCGUUUUGCGAUUGGUGCAAACGGCCUGGGCAGUGGGUGUCUGUCGUGACAUAUCGCGAUAUCAUGACAGUUGACGUAUUUGUAACUAUAGAAGUGUCUUAGAUUAUUGUUGUUUUAAUGUUAUAAUAUUUCUACACGACACUGGCAGAAUAUAAUGUGCAUGUCUUUGCACGGAUGAAGGCCACAUUAAAAAAAAAAAGUUAUAUUAGAUUGCAGUGUAAACGGCCUAAAAGAGUUUUAAUGACCAUCUUUUUAGCUAUAAGAUUUAAAUACGAUUGCCUAGAGUUCUGUGCAUUUCUUUGUUCUAGAAAAACAAUGGCAUUAUUCUUUGCAGCUAAGUGGUUUGCCAAUGAUGAAUCCUAUUACAUAUGUUUGAAAUAAAGUCUGGAUAUAAAUCUUGUC